AAAGCAUUGGAAGAAUUAAAUGAAUUGGGAGAAGCUUUACUUAAACAAAAUUUGUCAGAAUCAGCUGCGUGCUCAUCACAAUGCAAAACAAAUAGCACCUUAAUGAAAGUUCAAAGUAUGUAUGAUCCAUUUCGAAAACAACGUUCGUCUUGUGACUUUAACAACAUGUCACAAUAUAUCGCGAUGGAACAACCAAAUACAAACAAAUGUGAAAAGAAUAGUAAUUUGGAUAUUUUAACACCUAUGAAUUUGCCAAAAAGCAUGACUGUUGAUCCGUCGUGCCAUAAAAGUAGUAAUUCAGAAUUUACAGAUGUGAAAAUACAGCAAGAGAUGACACAGUUGCGCAACGGUAUGUCAAGGAUAGCGAAUGCUGAGCCUGAAAUCAAACCAUUGACCGAUAUCACUGUCUGUCUUGACGACAUUAAACCAGGGAUAAAUCCACCUCUAACAGUAAUUGAUGAAAGAAAUGGCAUAAGUGUCAUACUUCAUUUUACUCAAGAUACUCCAAGACCAGAUGUAUCUGUAAUAGUAAUUACUACGAUGAGCAAAAAUGCAAAACCACUUAGCAAUUAUUUAUUUCAAGCAGUUGUACCCAAGAAAUGCAAAUGCAGACUGCAGACACCUUCUGGAACAAAGUUGCCGGCGCAUAAUCCAUUUUUACCACCAUCUGCAAUCACACAGAUUAUGUUGAUCGCAAACCCUUUCAAGGAGCCCAUAUCUUUGAAGUUUAUGUUAAGCUACACGAUGGACGACGAAACUAUUACAGAAAUGGGUGAAGUGGAAACAUUACCUCUUCUAUGAGUUUCAGUGAGUCUGUUAUGAAUUCCAUGCAGUGCUGCAUUCAUACUCGUCGUGUGUGUCCUUAGUAGAUUGAAAAUAGUAUAAGAAUAUUCCAAUUAUCACAAUUUAAUUAUCCAAAAAUAUUAAAUUAUUGUUAGAUAUUUUUUAUAUUAUUUUAAGUUAAGAAUGCAAGUAGCUAAUUCCUUUAUUUUAAACAAUUUGUCUAUUUUUGUCUCUUUCUUUCAAUCUCUAGUCUUAUGGUUUCCAAAACGAAAACAUUUACCACAUCACUUUCUAUUCUUACAAUUACAUUCAUUUGUCAUGUACAGAAGAUUCUUAUUUUAAUGAUAUUUGUGCAAAAUAAAAAUCUUAUUUC